AUGUUAAAACAAAAUUCAGAUGAUAAUUUAAAUGAUUAUUAUAAUGAAAACGAUAAUAAUGGUGAUGAAAAUAGUAAUUUAAUAGAUAUGGAAUCAGAAAAAGAGCUAUUGUUAUAUAGUAAUAAAAUAAAAGAAAGUAAAUUAUCGAAAUGGAUGAAUAUCUUAAUAGUAUUUGCAAUAUUAUUUUUCGGGGAAGUUGCAAGAGGUAUUAUUAUUCCAACCAUUACCCUUUAUACCGAUGAAAUGGGUGGAACUGCAUCUCUUUUAGGAAUUGUAAUAUCUGCAUUCAGUUUGGGUAGAUUAAUAGCAACUAUGGUAUUGGGAAUGUUUUCAAAUCAUACAAAUUAUAAACAACUAUUCAAUGGCUCCAUUUUUCUUUGUGUUAUAAGUUGUUUAGGUUACUGCUUGGCUUAUAUUGAAGAAGAUAACGUAUUCUUGGGUCAAUCGAUUUUAGUGUCUUCAAGAUUUCUUUUAGGUUUUGGUGCUGGUACUUUAAGUGUAGUAAGAGCAUACUUGGCCGAUAUAACAAUGCCCAAUGAAAGAACAACUUAUAUCGCACUAUCAAGUGCACUUCAAUUCCUCGGUUUUGCAGUAUCCCCAAUUAUUGGCUCACUACUCACAUACUUGCCAGUAUUUUAUGUUGGUCCAAUUAAAAUCGAUCAAGUAACAUCUCCUGGUUGGUUUUUAUUCUUUCAAAAUUUAAUUUUAUUAUUGGUCAUCAUUUUAUUCUUUUCAAAUCCAUCACCAUCACAAUUAAUUUAUAACACAAGUUAUUCAUCGCUUCAAACUAUAAACGUCGAGAAUGAAUCGAAAAAUAACAACAAUGGCUGUGAUUUAAAUUUUAGCAAUGAAGAGAGCACAAGUACAAGUAGUAACUGUUUAUCAAAUAGUAACUCUCUAAAAAAUAGCUCCAGUGGUAUAAACGCCUCAAAUGACUCAAUGUAUAAAGUAUUAUAUAAAAAUAAGAGAGUUUUUAUAAACUUGGUCUUGUUUGUAAUAAUCAAUUUCUUAAUCAGAGCUGUUUUGGGUAUUUAUGAAACCAUUGGCACACCAAUUUAUAACAAUUUAGACGAUACCAUUGACAGUAAAAACAGUGGCUACUUUUUUGGUGGAUUAGGAUUUAUGGGUAUAUUUUUACUUUUACUUAUUAGUUGGUUCUGCAAGAAGGAUAUUUUACAUGACUAUUGGAUAUUAAUGUUUGGAAAUUUGGUAAUGUUGGCUGGAUGUUUUAUUACAAUGGUACAUCAAAUGAAUUGGACCCAGUUUACAGUUAGUUAUAUAUUAAUAUGGGGCUUUGGUUUUCCUUUAGCUCAAACUGUAGUGGUCUCAAUGUUUUCAAAAGCAAUCUCCUCAACCAUUGGAAACGCCUCCCAAGGUACUUUAAUGGGUAUUAUUGGUUCAUCUGGGUCUUUGGGAAGAGUAGUAGGCCCUUUCUUCUCUGGAUACUUGUACAAUCAACAUGACCUAUUACCUGUUUCAACUUUUGCCAUGGGCUUAUCAUUACUCCUUUUAUUUAUGUCCAUAAUUGUUAUUCCAAAAGAUAUUAUAAAAAUUAGAUAUUUAAAUUAUUCAGAUGAAGAGGAAUAA